CCCGAGGGAGGCGAGGAGCGAUUUCUGAUCCUGCUCCAGAGCAUUGCUGAAAAGGACAACAACUUGGUGCCCAUAGGAAAGCCAGCGUCCGAGCACUAUGAUGAGGAGGAGGAGGAGGAUGACGAAGAUGAUGAAGACAGCGAAGAGGACUCAGAAGAUGAUGAGGACAUGCAGGACAUGGAUGAGAUGAAUGAUUAUAAUGAGUCUCCUGAUGAUGGGGAGAUCAAUGAGGUGGACAUGGAGGGGACAGAGCAGGAUCAGGACCAGUGGAUGAUCUGAUUCUGCCACAACCACACCAAACUGGAGGCUGGAGGAGAGCCUUUGCCCCUCACGGCUCUGGGGGACAGUUCAGUGAAGCUCCUCCUGCCGUGGGUGCUGUGUGGGGCAGGGGGGUUCUGAGGGGAGACUGCCACCUGGCACAUUAGAGCUGACACGUCUUUUCUAAUAAACUCAGUUUUCCAGAAAACA